ACGAAGAUGAGCCGGGCAUCCAGCAGUAGACAGUCCGUAUUGCCACUUAGGGUGGCUGACAGCAGAAUCAGUAUGGUCAAUGCCACUCCACAAAGCAAAGAGUCUGCUUUAGGAAAGCUGAACAUCCCAAAACCGCAGUCAGGCACUUCAGAGAGAAGAACAAGCUUUUUUGGAAAGAGGGCCAGCGGGGCUGGCAUGCCUCGUAACAGCACAUUUGGGACGUUUGGAGGUCCAGAGAAGAUCAAGGAUCCUCGACCCCUUCAUGACAAACCCUUUGUCCAGCAAUGCAUCAAACAGUUGUGUGAGUUUCUGUCAGAGAGGGGCUUCCCUGGGACAAUGUCGGUGAAGUGCCUCCAGUCCCCCUCCACCAAGGAGUUUCUGAAGAUCUUUGAGUUCAUCUAUAGCCUCCUGGAUCCCACCUUUCAGCUGCCAACUUCCAAAAUUGAGGAGGAGAUUCCCAGAAUGCUCAGAGAUUUGGGGUAUCCCUUUGCCCUGUCUAAAAGCUCCAUGUACUCUGUAGGAGCCCCUCAUACCUGGCCGCAAGUCCUUGGGGCACUGAUUUGGCUCAUUGAUACUGUAAAGCUCUUUAGUUCCAUGAAAGAACAAGACCUGCUCUUUUCUGAUUUUUCUGACGGUAGCUCUGAGAUUGAGGAUGGAGUUGAAUUCAAUAAGCUGUUUCUUGACUAUACCUCUGAGACCUACAACCGCUUCAUGCAAGGUGCCGACACAUUUGAAGAGGAGGAUCAGGAAUACUUAGCUAAACUGAAGAGACUUUAUAAUGUUGAUGAAGCCCUUUUGGAGUCUCUGGCUGAGAAGUAUAGAGUGCUGAGCGACGAGGUUGAGAGACUGGAGAAGGAGAGUCAGACGGAUCGAUUAAUGGCCAAAAGAACGGAGAAGCUGAAACUGCAUACGGAUCAGCAGAAGCUGCAGGACUAUCGCAGUAACUUGGAGUCCUUCAAAACAAACCUUGUGAACAAAGCCUCGGGAAUAUCCGAGGAGCUAGAGGCCGCAGUCCUGCAGGUGGAGACUCUGAAGCAGGAGCAGUCCAGGCUCCAGCACAUACUGGUGAACCAGAAGUUCUCGCCGGCAGACAUCGAGAGGAUCAACCGCGAAAGAAAUGAGCUCCAGCAGACCAUCAACACCCAGAGCAGGAGCCUGGAGGAGGCUGAGCAGCACAUGUGGAAUGAGGAGAUUGCACUGGCUAAGGUCAAGGAGAGGGUGGAAGCGAAGCUGGCGGAGUACCACAAGCUUGCUCGUAAACUGAAGCUCAUCCCUGCAUCCGCUGAAAACGCCUGUGGGCGGGAUUUCGAAAUUAAAGUUUCCAUGGACUAUGGGCCAUCCUCAAUAGCGCAGUACAAAGUUCAGAUUCAAAAUCCUCUCAGGAAUAUGAUUUUUGAAGUUGAUGAGGAGUUAAGUAAACUAGCCAACAAAAAGCUAAGCCUGGAGGAGGUCCUGGAACAGGUUAAUUCCAAUGUAGCCGACAAAACAAAUGAUAUGAAGCAACUGAAAGAGCAAAUCCGAAGACUGGAUGAGCAGCUUGAGUAUGGCAUGCAGGAGUGCGCCCGGGAGGAGGAGAAAUGGGCUUCUGACUUGGAUUCUAUGGAGAACCACAGGAAGCUCCUGGAGAAGAGGAUUACUGACGGCUACGACAAUGCUGUGGAGCAGCUGAAAGCAGCGCAGCAGCAGUACCACCUGGUUCUUCAAGAGACCAAUGAGGAGCGCAGGACCGUGGCCAACAAUCUCCACAGCGUGUUCACCACAGCUACCAGUCAUCUGACCAAUGUGGAGAAAUUCUUGGAGGAUCAGCAGAAAAGGGUGGACCGGGUGUACAAGGAGAGUCUCCAGGAGGAUGAGGCCGAGUUGAAAGAACUGAGAGACAUGGUGGAAAGCUACAAAGCAAAAGCGGAUGCUUUGUAGUCCUGUCCAUGUGAUUUCUUGUGUAUAUAAAUACCCACUAAUAGAGGUGGAAGGGGGCUGAGGUAUAUCUGACACAUUGUGGAGUGGCUUCCCCUUGCAGCCUGACUAAAAUGAGAAAUUCAACCAGCACCUGCAGGCAACCUGUAUAAGCCUGUAUAAGACUUUAGCCACAUGCUAAAUAGCACGCAUAGACACCCACAAGAGAUAAUGCAGAGGCGGUGUUCAGCCAGUAAGCAGCACUUCCUCAAGA